UUCUCCGUAAACACUCUUUUAGCCGAUACAAGUAAGAGUUUUGCAGAGUAGCGAGCGUCGAUGAAGGUCGUCCAACGGUCAACCUUUUUCGCUGUGACUACAAAAUCAAAUCUGCAUCACUUUCACUCGUCUUCUCAGAGAGUACCCAUUUCUUCUGAGCACGAGUCACGAGAGUUUGUGUCCAGAUUACUCGAUAGAAAAUGGGGAUUACAGAGUCCUGCAUCUCCAAUUCAGGAGAUAGGUGUUUCUUCUGACAAAGGAAUUGAAAAAUUCUCUUUUUCCAACAACACUCGUCCACAUCUCGGUGAUGAGAUGUUAAAGAGAAAUCAAGAUUCGUCUUUUUACAUUCUUAGAGAUGAUCUUUUACAUCCUCUUGUGAAUGGUAACAAAGCUAGAAAGCUUGAUGCUUUGUUACCACUUCUUGAAGAUUAUAAAUUCACUGAUGUGGUUACAUGUGGAGGUUGUCAAAGUGCACAUACAGCUGCAGUUGGUGUUUUGUAUCUUGCAGCUGUUUCUUGUGCCGAGAGAGGUCUAAGAUCACAUUUGCUACUACGUGGAGAACAGCCUGAGGUUUUGACUGGUUAUAAUCUUGUUUCAACUAUGUAUGGAAAUGUUCAGUAUGUUCCAAGAUCGAGGUAUGCCAAUAGAGAGGAAAUGCUGAGAACUUACGCGGAUCUGGUUUCUGGGGAAGAUGGUUCUGUCUUAUGGGCUAAAGACAUUGUUGAGGGACUUGAGGCUGUGGAUGUUGCAAAAAUGGAUGAUCUGUUGAGUUCCAAAAAUUCUGGUAGAAAGGUUUUGAUUGUCAAUGAAGGCGCUGGAGAUGCUCUUGCAUUACUUGGUAUGUUUCGGUUAGUGCAGUACUUGUCACAAGAUCAUGUACUCGGAAAGACAAAGCCGGUCAGAUUUGUAGUUGAUGCUGGUACUGGAACAACUACUGUGGGCUUAGGAGUUGCAGCUAUGUGUUUAGGGCUUCCAUGGGAGAUCAAUGCGGUGAUGCUAGCUGAUACACUCGAAAAUUACAAAAGACAUGAAGAUCGCUUGAUAGCAGAAUUUACAAGGCAGUUUCCUGCAUCGGUCGUCUGCAGCAGCUUGGAUAUGAAUCAUAUGAUCAAAUGGGUAGAUCGUCAACAUCCGAGAAAAUUUGGGAAGGUCUUGGAUGGAGAAGUGGAGAAGUGUCAGAAAAUUGCACAGGAGACGGGUGUUUUAGUGGAUCCGAUGUAUACUUUAGCUGCUUGGGAGAUAGCCGCAGAGCUUGUGCAGGAUGAGAAAUCGAGCAUUGUAGUGAUGCUUCACACUGGAGGCACUCUAGGGAUGUUUGGUCUUGCUCAAAGAUACAAAUCUUGCUUCACUAACUUGAAAGAUUAGGAUACAAUUUCCAAGACUCGGAGCAGUCCAAAGAUGUUUUUGUAUAACUCCAAUUUUUUCGUUUUGGGUUCAGUUUUAGCAGGCCUCAGAGCCGUGCGAAAUAAAGAAAUUUUAGUUUAAUAUUUAAAAAUGUAGUUUAAUGUUUAA